CCCAUUGGUGAUAUGUGACCAGCUAGUAAAUGGGUUGAGAACGCGAACAAUACCGUUACGAACGGACGCAGAACAUUCUAAACACUGCUCUUUGGUAUUUCUUUAUGGAUUCAGAUUUUUACGCGAAGAGCUGGCAGAAUCGGCAGGCAGAAUUUCAACGAUCGUUUGCCACUCACACGCGCUGGUUUUAUUUUACAGCACACACCGAAACGAGGCAGGUGCGCGCUCGAGAGUUCUUUAAAUCUGGGGGGAAAUCUCUAGGAUAGACAUUGGAAGGAAACAUUCUUCCAUUGAAGAAUACGUGUUUCAAAAUAAUCACUGGCCGGCGCGAUCACCCGGCGCUUUUCCCGUCGGCACCAGAACAUGUGAUGUAAACACUCGAGUUGCUUAUAUAUCGAGGAGGAGAAAAAUCCAUAAAGCUUGCGCCGAGAAGCAGUAGCGGUAGUGGUGGUGGCAGCGGUGAUUCGGCCAGCAGACAGAGCAAGGGAAAGGCAGAAGGACUCAGAGCGUCGACACGGCAACAGGAUGGCGAAGCCUGGACAGCGAAUCGUGGCUAUGGCUAUCGACGAAAGCGAGCACUCUGACAACGCGUUUCUGUGGUACUGCGAGAACGUCAAGAAGGAUAACGACUACCUCCUGUUGAUCCACGUGCCCGAGACGUACGACUUCACCAUGGCCACGGUAUUUCCCAAACCACGUGAUCUCACAGGUCCGUCAGUUGUGGAAACUCUGCUGAAGGAAUUGGAGCAGAGGGUGGACAUCCUCGAGAAGAAGUACAGAGAGAAACUCCAAAGUAAAGGGAUUAGUGGAAAAUUCCGAACAGGUUCGGGUAAACCCGGAGAAGUAAUUGUGACGAUCGCCAAAGAGGAGAACUCGUCGCUGGUUAUCACGGGCACGCGGGGACUCGGCAAGUUCCGGAGGACCAUUCUUGGGAGCGUCAGCGACUACAUCGUACACCAUUCCAACGUGCCUGUCCUUGUCUGCCGAAUGAAAAACCAAAACAGCUAGACCAUUAUUAACUUGUGAUGUGAUAUAUUGCACACGUUAUUGCAUCCUGUGAUGUCAUCGUCAAAUAUAUAGGAUAUAAAAGGAUACAUCAUCAAAAUGCACAUUAAAUGACGCAGUUUCUUUGACGUCACUGCCAGAGAAAAAAGUUAAAAUUUCAGGGGUUUGUCUUGAAUGAUGUUUAGUCAAUAAAUAUGUUAAUAUGAUGAUGUAUAUAUACAUGUUUGUGGACAUUGUUUCUGGAGGAUGGUGUGUCGUGGAUUAAUAAAAAGUCAUGCUUGUUUUUAUUAUAUCAAUACGAGAUAAGACUACAUACACAGCCAGCCCACUUCUACCAAAAUAUUUAUUAUGAAUAUAACGAAUACUUUAACAUAUUUUGAAACAUUUUUUGUAACAGAGUUUGUUCAGAAUUGAUAUAAUGCAAUCUAUAUGAUAUCGUGGUUGUUCUACAGUUUGUAAUAAUUUAUUCAUUGGACUAUGUACAAAUGCAGUUUCAACUGCAAUAAUAUAUAUCUGUAGACACAUACAUGCAUACAUACAUACAUACAUACAUACAUACAUACAUACAUACAUAUAUGCAUGCAUCAAUAGCUCAGAACAUAUCGUGGAAAGUCUACAAGUUGCGGGCGAUUCGGUGCCAUAGGUUCGAGUCCCAGCAACGGCAUGGGACAAUCUGUGAGGUCAGAAAGGAUUUAAUUAUCCCCUGCGCCAGUGCGUUAAUAUCUAUGAAUGUAAUAGUCAA